AUGUCUUGUCCAUACGGCCAGCAGUGUUUAAAUGGUGUUUGCUGGAGUGUUUCUAGUUCUGUUCCUACAACUGAAGCUACUUUUCAUCCAUACUUAAAUGGAUAUAAUGGAUACAUGAAUUCAGUGUUAACAUCUAAUCCGUGGUAUAAAGGUAUUGAAGCAGGAUUUAGAGCUGCUACAAUGGGAAACUUAUGCACAGCUAAUAAUGAUUGCAUUGUCGGUCAAACCUGUUCAUACGGUGGCUGUACUUAUAGCGGAGGAAAAUAUAGCAUUGGCGUUAAAUGGUUUGGAGGAACACAAAUGUGUAAUGCUAUGCAGCAAUGUUACAACGGGCAGAUAUGCGUAAAUGGUUUUUGCUCUCCGAGCAAUGUUGCUUACAGAGGAAGUCAACAACAAGCAAUGCUUAUAUCUUGCUCAACAGGAGCACCUUGUCCUGUUGGAUACUACUGCAUCAAUGGAUUUUGUACUCGCAACGCACUUACAUCAACAUUUGCUUGUUCAAAUGGUGUGUGUCCACUUGGAAUGACUUGUCAGAUGGGCAGAUGUACUAGUUCUACUUUUAAUGGUAAAUAA